AUGAGGAUGCUCCUGGUCGUCGCCUUUUGUGUCCUCCUCGUCGUCUGCGUCGCUUCUGCGGACGACGCACGGUAUCCGCAAUUCGGAUUCGACGGCAACGCCGAUUCUGCUCAGUGAGGUCUAGAAGGAGAGAACUCGGCUAACUCUUCUAUUUCAGUGAUCGCGUGAAGCGCCAGUGGGGCUACGGCUUGGGCUAUGGAAUGGGAAUGUACCGUCCGUGGGGCAUGUAUGGCAUGUACCGUCCCUGGGGAAUGAUGCCCUUCAUGAUGGGUCGAUGA